AUGCAGCAAUCGAGAAUGUCUGGCGUCAGUUGGGGUUUUGGGAUGGUAUGUUGGUUCAUGCUGCAGGCAAACCUGUUCUAUCGAACGCAAGUCGCAUGCAGCUCCGUUCUAGUGGCCGACUUCCGGAUGACCCGCAUGGUCGAGCUGAGCAGUCGACCUCCCUACUGCAAGAUACACUCCGAUCGUGGAGAUAUCCAACGAAUGUUGCUAGCGUCGGACACAAAGAAGAUGCGUCAAGUGCCCCGCGAAUCGGUAAUUGCUUUGGAGGAAGUUUGCGGCGAAGCUAGCGAUAUCUCCGGAGAGCUGCAGGGAGGAUUGGGUUUUAUCUAUCCUGGCACCAAAUGGUGCGGACCGGGUAAUAUUGCAACAAACUAUUCGGACGUAGGACGAUAUGCUGCCGAAGAUCAGUGCUGCCGGGAGCAUGAUCUGUGCCCGAAUGUGCUGCUGCCCGGUGAGUGUCGCCGUGGGCUAUGCAAUCGUGGAACCUUUACACGGUCGCACUGUGAUUGUGACGCGCGGUUCAGAAGGUGUUUGCAAAACUUAAACACGGAAACGGCCAACACACUGGGUGCUAUAUUCUUCAAUGUCGUCCAGGUGACAUGCUUCGGCGAGAGAAGACCGUGCUCGGUUUGGCAAAGAGUGGGGUUCAACCAGACGGAAGCGGACGAGCUUUGUUCGCGGUGGAAGUAUCGACCGAGCGAAAAGUACAUCCCCAUUAUGCAGCAAAAGUCCAACAAAUAG